UCUUAUUCGAUUCAUUUGUAUUUUGUCUAUUCUGUGGUUGUGUCUUCUAUUCCGGUGCAAAGAAAAAAUUUAUAAAUUUUAGUGUGUUGUAUUGUAAACAAAUAAACGUAAAUGUUUAAACAAUUUUCGUUUCAAUGAGUGCAAUAGAACUUUAGCAAAACGUGUGGCAUAAUGGAUAAUAAAAAGGAUAUUUACAAUUUAUGGGUGCAGUACACGACCAAGAAUGAUGAAUCUUAUUUUCGUGAAUUUAUUGAACGCUUUGUCAACAUCUGGAAAAGUCAAUUGCCGGUAGAUUUUAAUCAGCAGGAUUUGCCACUAUGGCAUGAGGUGCGUCCAGACAAUGGUCCACAUUUGGGCCGUUUGCCGGAUGAAUUGUUACCAGCAAUUGGUAAAUUCAUCAUAAUCGCGCGGGAUGCAAGCGAAAAUGGUUCCCUCGACGAUGAGCAGAUACGACAAAUUGCAGUGCUGGUUGAUUGCUUGGUGAUAAUAUGUCGACAUUUCGAUAAUAUUUUGGCGAUUAUCAAAUAUGAGUAUAAAUCUAAUUUAAUCGCUAUAUUGACAAACACAUUCAAAGAGUGCAUGAGCCGCCAACAAGUCUCCAAGCAAGUAGUUCAUCUCUUUCGCAGUUUUUCACAAUUUCUUGAAGUUAUGUAUGAUCCAUAUUUAACCUGGCGUAGCUUUAUACGCGGCGUGUAUGCAGAUUUUCAUAAAAUACCCUAUAAACCGCAUACGGUGCAUGUGGAAAUUGUACCAUUUAUUUAUGAUUGUUUCCAGCGUGAGGAAAUCACAAAAUUUCCUUCAAUUGGUGAAUGUUUGGUGAAUACUUUGGGCGCUGUUAUUUGCGGAUCACAGAAAUCGCUAACAUCUUUGGCAACUAAAGGUACAGCAAAUCUUGGUGAAGGGCAAGAAAUCUGUGAUAAUUUGCGUAAUGGAAUGCGCGCCAUUUGCCCCGCAACCGUUUCAGUCAUUAUGAAAAUUAUUUCUCAAUGGGAAACCGCCAAUGAGCUGCGUACUGUAGCGCUAAAAUGUUGUGCUCUUAUGAUUGUUGUUUUACAAAAGUCUAGUCCUGAAGAACGCCAAAUAGAUUUAGUUACACUAAUUCAACUCUACUGUGAUGCGCUCCAUACACUGCUCACGACCGAUCAUUUUAUCAGCGUCAAUAGUGUAACAUUUGAAAUCGCAAGUGAUGAUGAGGCAAACGAUACGUUUGUUGAUGUGAAUGCGCUUACCGCCACAGUGGAGAAUGUCUGCCUUUUUCUUACUGAUGGCGUGAAUACGCACACCAUAUGUGAAGCUAUACAAGAGACUGCGCUUGUUGAUGCGCUAAUAAGCAUUCCAAAGCAGAUAAAGGGCUGGAAUAUGAACUAUGCGCCAGUGCUUUGUGCUACAACAAAAUCUUUGGCUGUAAUUACACGCAAUUCGCCUAGUAUUGCCGAGCAUUUACGUGUAUAUGAUAAAAUAGAGAAAUUUUUCAAAAGUUUAAAAACGUUAGCGAUGCCCAACGAUACCCUCUUGGACGCCUGUUUCAAUAUGGCUUACAAUGAACAAACACAUUCGCUUGUACUACCCGAAGUGGUGAUCAAAUUGAUUGAAUGGCUGCCGGAAAUGAAUGAACGUGAACAAAUUUAUUUAAGCAAUGUUAUACUGCGUGGCUGCACCACUAAUUAUGCAACAAAAUCCGUUGCCUGCGAUAAUCGCACAAUCAAAGCUGUUUGUGAGUGUUUGCAUCAAUAUGAAAAACUCGCCGAGAGUUGCAUACAAAAUUUCAUCAAACUGAUUGAAGAACUGAGCAAAGUUAGCAUUAUACCCAUUGAAUUAAAACGCAUUUUUAGUUUAUUACGUGAGGAGAGUGGCUUUCCACAGUCCAAACAGCUCCUGCAAACCCUAGUCGUCUGCUCAUUGCAAAGUCUCAGCAAUAGCAAUAUUUGUGCACAGUUUUUCACAAUCAGUGCGCCGCGCGAGGGCAUCACGGUGCCUGAUAUUAAGAAUUGGUCAAUGUCUGGCUCGUAUGGUUUUAUUUUUCACAUUCUCGUAAGAUUGCAAGAAUCUACAGACGUUUUUAGUAAGAAAGGUGGAAAACUUGCCGAAGAGGAGACGAAGAAAGAGAGUGAACGUCCGAAUUGUCGUCGCAUGUUGCUCAAUUUACGCACAGCUAGUCAAACAGGCUUUGAAGUCUUCAUACAGAAUAGUGGCAAUUUGGUUGUGGCCGCGUUAACGCGUCGUGAAUAUCUCACUUCAGUUGUGCAUACGAAAACCUUACUUGAUGCUCAAUGGCAUUAUGUUACCGUUGCUAUUACGCCACCUAAGCGUCCCUUUUCCUAUAGUCAAAUAAAUGUUUAUAUCGAUUUCAUGCAAAAAUUGAGCGCUACGCUUAAAGUACAAGCUGUAAAUGAGCCUUUCAACUUUUGCUCAAUUGGCUCGUCAGCAUUACCAUUGCGCAGCCAUCAGGCCGAUCAUCAUCCAUCCAGUGCUGCUGGUUCGCCUUUACCACGUUCAUCUUCACAAGAGAGUGGAAGUUCCUCUUAUAAAGGCGUGUUGCCCAGCUUACUCGAGCGUACAUUGUCUACUAAUGUUUCCAAUUACUUCACAUUACCUUUACGCACGCAAGCUUCAUUCGAUCCAAAUGUGAAAAAUUUUCCCAUCGGCAUGCAAGACACUGUGUUUGGCGAGCAAACUUGUCUGCGUGGUCAAGUGGGCGCUGUCCUGUUGGCAGAGCCCACGACAAGUAUUAAAACCAUAUUCGAUGCGGGCCUACAUUUCCCCUCGAUAUUCUCGCAAGACAAUGAUUUGCUCGAGCUUACAUCGCGUUUUGUAUUCUGCUAUGCACCUGGUGGUUAUUGGAGCGAAAGUUGUCAAGAUCUUAUACCGGGUGGACGUUUUCCAUCGCUGGUGCAUGCACAUCAUUGCUCCAUAGUGAAAAUACAGGAUACUAUAAAUAGUAUUGGCGGCGUACAGGCUAUUUUACCCAUCUUGCAUCGGCUCACCAAGCAACAAGAUGACUUUUCGCUGUCCAGCGCGGAUGGUAAUGAUUCGUUGGGUAGCGGCGAACACUUGCGUACGCCAACCGCCGAGGAGUUCUCCGAUUGGGAAAUGCUUUCUUCGAAUUCGUACACAGAAUGGAAGAUGAUACAAUUUCCUGUCGCAAGCUUCAUUUGUUUCUUGCGUUACCUCACACAUGGCCAUGAAAAUAAUCAGGAGAAUAUGUUGAAUAGUGAAUGCCUGCCUAUGGUUGGUGCUAUGCUGCAGAAGUGCGCACCUAGCAUGUUCGAUGUGAACGCCCUGAUGGCUACGCAUCUUUUCAUAGAAUCGCUACAGGGUCAAAAGUCGGAAAGCGGUAAUGCUCAUGGUAACAGCACACUUUUGGAAGUGCUGUACACCGAAAUCGCAUUCAACUUUCACAUUUGGGCGCGUAUGAAUUUUCAAAUAACACUAGGCCAUGUGCAGUACUUAAGUGCUAUGAUUAAGAAUGAUCGCAAGUAUUAUCGUAAGAAAUUUGGCAUACAAUUCUUUUUGGAUGUCGUGCGCGAGCACUAUUGUGCACCCGAUAGCAUAACGCCCGACGAUGCAAAGACCAUACGCGCUACGCUCUAUGCUAUUGUGCGUUUUUAUUUACAGAAGGAUGUGAAUAUAAAGGAGAUAUUUACAAUGAUUGCAUUUUUGGCAUCGGUGCGGCAGGAAAAUGUGCUUAUUGAAUUUUUAGAAAUGUUAACAUUCCAUGUAAAGGGCAAAAAUUGUAAAGAUCAAAUGAUUUUGUUGUUGCAUGAGCCACAAACAGCAAAUUUGCUUUACAAUUAUUUCGUGGACAAGAGCUAUAGCACAGAAGUGCAAGAGGCGGCCAUAAGGUUCAUUAACUCAUUGCUCAGCACCUCGCGAGUGAAUCAAAAAUACAAACAAAUAUUACGCCUGCACGAUAACGCCAGCGAUAGCUCACUCUUUCCCGGUUUCUUCUCCUACACCAUACCAAUGACGCUCAGCUCUACCAUACUCUUCCAUCUGGUCGAUGAAAUGUUAAGCAGCGAGGCUGAUUAUGCUGGUAUUAUUUUCCUGGUGCAUCACAUAAGCUCUUGUGAGCUGCCUGUGAAAUUGGAAAUAGCUAAACGACUACUACAAACCACCUUUGUCAAGCACAAUUCACCACAGGCCAUUGCUAAGCAAUCGGGUUGGCAGGAAUCUAUCGCACGCUUACUAAUACACAAACCAAUAACGAACGUGAAGCCGGAUGAGGAGAAGCGCAAGAGUUUUGGCAUUAGUUUGGAUGUACUUUUGGAGGAUAAUAAUGAUUUUACUAAUCAGUCGGAUUUAAUUAGUUUUUGUGAGCAACAAGUGGAGCUAGAUCAAUUGGCGAAACAACAUGGUGAUGAGCACACAGAUGGCGGUUUGAUAUUGAAUGAGAUACAAGCGAGCGUCACGGAGGCGGCCAAUGUUAUAGAGAGUGAAAUUAAAGAAUUAGCUGAAUCUGUUUCUGGUGCUGUAGUGGAAAAUGUGUCAUCGGUUUUCUCUGUUUUACGCCAAACAACACACGAUAUACAAGACACUUUUGAGUCACUGACGUUAGGCGCCUCCACUGAGGGUGAAACGACGAGUCUUUCGCGCCAGCGUACGGAGUCUGUAAGCUCAGAUAGCUCAACACAAUCGCCAAAACGGACGAUCAAAAAAGCGGAUUCUGAACAUAGAACCACAGGCUUCGAAUUUCCACCCGAUGCCGAUGUGGAUAGUGAAGAACAACUUGUCUAUCUAGUUUCAAAUAUAUUAUUCACCGUCUUCUGGCGUGGCGUUGGUAAUGAUCAUCCACAAUGCUGGAAGGAACGUGGACAAGUGCUCGGCUGUAUUAACUUGCUUGCACUCAAUAAUGAUCUAGUCACAUCCCAUCUCUCCCUGCGUUUGCGCAUAUUGGAAAUGGCUGUACAGGCAUCACUAUUCGAUCUGUCAGAGAAUGGCAAUCAAACGUUGAUAAAUCAAGAGAACGCUUCACAAAUUUUACGCAUGGUCUAUGACCUUGUCGUGCUCGGUUCGAAUGAGGAUGACACAAAGAAAUGUUCAACGAAGUUGCUGGAUGGUGUUUUGGCGCUCUUAGAUGCCUUGAUGAUCUUCCAACAGGGCUCUUCAGAUGAUUGGUCGGAUAUGAUACGCUUAUGCUUGGGUCUGCUCUUGAAAUGUUCAUAUCACCCUAAUCCGGGUGUGGUUGCUAUGGCAACGGCGAAGCUGCAUGCUAUUUUACAGAGUCGCAACACAGAGGAUCCCAGUGAAUUGGCGUAUUUGUUAUUUAGUAUUAAUCGCGCGUUGGAUAAUGCAAUUGAAGUUGGUAAUCCCGAGGAAUAUUCUUUUCUGAUGCCAGUUAUGAAGGCUUUGCUUGAGAAAUGCCGUAAAGUCUUUAAUUUGGAUACAAACUUACCUGAUUUGCCACCUACCUCAUCGGGUCCAGUAUUUUUCAAUGAUUUUCAAAUGUAUAGCACAAGCAAAAAGUGGCGUCAUUUUAUCGAACGCAUUGUGAAGCCCUUACAUGACGUGUACCAACGUGAGAUCGAAUUGAAUUUGUGGGAGCCUAUCAAUCGCUACUGGGCGGAAUGUUAUGAAGCGUGUAAGGCAGCUUCAAAGCGACGGGGAACUUACCAAGCAGAAAACCGACGAAUUUUCAAUCAAAAAAUCGUUAUGCCUUGGAAAGUACGUCAAGUUGAGGAGAUGACACGUUUGAACGCCGCUGCGCUUGCGCAAAAAACAACAAAUAGUCACAUAAAAAAACGUUGGAAGACGGCCAAAAGAUUUUUGUAUGGACCACGUGGACCCUGGUUUACGGGCAAUCCAUCUGAAGAAUUUUGGAUGCUCUCCAAUCACGAGAAUGUCGCACGCAUGCGUCUCAAACUCGAACCACAGCUAUAUCCAAAUAAGCACGAGAACGCGGCGAACCUCCGUGAUAAUGCCACAAAUGCCUAUGAUCCGAGAGAAAUUUCGGAAUUCGAUUCGACAAUUAAAAAUGCCGUUGUACGCGACUUCUUAGCGGACGAUGAGAAUCUACAACUCGAAGAGGAGCUGCGACAAUCAAUUGAAGCGCAAUCGCAACAGGACGUGCCGCUGGAAAAAUCAGUCAUUUCACAAGACUGUGAGCUCAUUACGCUGAUGACAAAGGUGAAAGGUAAAAUCGAGGUGAAUCAAACGUUGUUCACCUUUAUUGACUUGAGUCCACCAUCGGAAGAUGGCUCCAAGCAUGAUUUUCGCUUUCCGAUUAGCAAAAUACGUGAGGUGCAUCUGCGUAAAUAUAAUUUGCGGCGUAGCGCUUUGGAAAUAUUUUUAAUUGACCAAACUAGUUAUUUUCUGAAUUUUACAACAAGGACACGCAAUAAAGUUUUUACGAAAAUUUUGAGCCUGCAACCGCCAAAUAUUUUAUAUGGCUCUGGUCGUUCGCCAGGAGAACUGCUGCGCGCUUCCGGACUAACACAGAAAUGGGUGAAUCGUGAGAUAUCAAAUUUCGAAUAUCUUAUGUACUUGAACACAAUUGCCGGUCGCUCCUACAACGACCUCAGUCAGUAUCCAGUAUUUCCGUGGAUAUUGGCCGAUUAUACCAGUGAUGUUUUGGACUUGACUGAUCCUAAAUCUUUUCGCGAUCUCUCUAAACCAGUCGGCGUGAUAAACCCCAAAAACGAAGCUGGCGUACGCAUCAAAUAUGAAUCCUUUGAGGAUCCCUCAGGCGCGAUACCGAAAUUUCAUUACGGCACACAUUACUCAAAUUCAGGUGGUGUUCUACAUUAUUUACUGCGCGUUGAACCAUUUACCUCGCUACAUAUUGAACUGCAAAGUGGACGCUUCGAUGUUGCGGACCGACAAUUCCAUUCAAUACCGCAAACAUGGAAAUUAUUAAUGGACAAUCCGAAUGAUGUGAAGGAGCUAAUACCGGAAUUCUUUUAUUUUCCGGAAUUUCUCAAAAAUAUGAAUAAAUUCGAUUUGGGUCAUCUGCAAAUAACAAAAGAAAAGGUAGAUGAUGUCAUACUGCCGACAUGGGCGAACACACCCGAAGAGUUUAUAGCUAUACACCGACGUGCUUUAGAAUCAGAGUAUGUGAGUCAAAAUCUACAUCAUUGGAUUGAUUUGAUUUUCGGCUACAAACAAAAAGGCCCAAAGGCUGUCGAAGCGCUCAAUGUUUUUUAUUAUUGUUCAUAUGAAGGAGCUGUUGAUUUGGAUAAAAUCACAAAUCCUAUUGAACGUGAAGCUGUUGAAGGUAUGAUCAACAACUUCGGUCAAGUGCCAUCACAAUUGCUGCGCGAACCACACCCACGUCGUUUGACACAAGAGGAGACGUCAAUCAAAUUGGUGCGCGCCGAAUUGAAACGACCCGAUCUUACGCAAUUCCUCGAUAAGGUUGUGCAAUAUUAUUGUGAGUUAUCAACGCCAAAAGAUCCAAUUGUCUUCCUAAGUGCACCACGCAGUCCGCCACGUUCAUUCUUACAACUGAGUCCUGAUGUGCUGGUCAGCAUAUCGAAAUCGUGUAUACUUGGCGCCAAUUCGUGGAUGUCUUUUGACAAAGAUCGAGGCUUUUUGCUGGAGAUUGAUGCGACAACAACCAAUUUGAAAAAUCGCAAACGCAUCUUUGGUCCUUUCCAUCCUUCACAAACACCGCACUCACAAUUAUUCGCUGUAAGCACAGACGGCAAGCUAUUGUAUGCCGGCGGCAUUUGGGAUAAUUCGUUGCGUGUGUAUAACUUACAUAAGGGCAAAGCAGUGGCAUCUGUGACGCGUCAUUUGGACAUCAUCACGUGCCUGGCGCUGGAUAACUGCGGUUCCUACCUGGUAACCGGUUCACGCGACUGUACCUGCAUCGUUUGGAGUAUACAAAGUCAACAAUAUGGCAAUGCACCGGCGACCACAAACAUUCCAAUGCACGCGCUGACUGGCCAGGCGCAUUUACAGGCUGUCACACAAUUGAAUACACAAAAUAUGUUCUCACCCAAACCGCUUACCACGCUCUAUGGACAUGAUGAUGCCAUUUCCAGCGUCGCGAUUUAUACAGAAUUGGAUAUGGUCGUUUCGGGCUCACUGGACGGCACUGUUAAUGUGUAUACCAUACAGGAUGGCCAAUUUGUACGCACACUAAAACCAAUUGGCUGCACUGAGACAUGUGUACAAAUCUCAUUCGUUACAGUUUCAUAUCACGGUCACAUUGCAUUCAGCGCACUGGACGAUACCUCGCAUUCGGUGCAUGUCUACAGUAUAAACGGCACAAGUCUCGGCUCCAAAUACGUAUCCGGACGUGUAACUGGAUUGGAUACGGCUACCGAUUACUUGGUGGUGGCAGACGAUGCCGGUGAUAUCACCAUGAGCCGUUUGCAUGGCUUAAAACCAGUAUUUGACAUUCCACUGCAUAUUCCAAUACAAACGGUUGUGGUUACACCUGGAAACACACACAUACUUGCGCCACUGCGCGAUGGGCGACUAGCGGUGAUUGCUGUGCAGGUGCCGGCGGGCAACAAUAAAAAGCAUUCCGUACUCAAUGUUUAAUGAAAAAAAAACGGCAAAUUAUAAUGAAAAAUUGUAGUGAGAAAAAUGAAAUGAAUUCCAGUUAACAAAUGAGAUAAGUAGCACAAGUGUAUGUGGGUAUGUAGCCCUGUUAGUUUGUAAUUUAAAUUCAAAAUGUAGCAGAAAAAAGUUGAAAUUAUGAAAAAAAAAGAAUAUUUAAACAUAUUAUUGUAUGUAUGUAUGUACACUCACUCGUACGGCGUCUAAGCAAUAAGGAAAAAAUUCCAGACAGAAUUUUGCAGUUUUUGCAAAAAAAAAAAAAAACAAACAUUUCUAAGUUGUAAAUAAACACCGUUAAAUUGUUAUUGGCAUAAGCAUAAAGCAGAAAAUGGGAAACACGUUUAUAUUUAUUAAAAAAAAAAAA